AUGGCCGAGGCUCUGGGAGUUGCAGGGUCGAUUGUAGGGAUUGCAUCGCUCGCGGGGCAGAUCUGCAGUGGGGUCCAACAGCUCUACGCCUUUGUAGACUCGGUGAAGCAAGGUCCAUCUGAUUUUCAGAACGUCAAGAAUGACAUUCUCCUCAUCGAGAGGGUCGUACGCCGCAUGGCUGAAGACUGCACCGACCUUCCAGAGCAUCUCGACGUUGGUCUUCUCAAGUGUUCUUUUGAGCUGUGCCUGUCUCGCGUUAACCGACUCUUGACUAUUAUCCAAUCACUUGAUACCUCGAGCCAAAAGAAUCGAACCAUCAAGUUUAUUAAGGCGACCGUGACGAAGACGAGGGUUGCCGAGUUUGCGAAGGAGCUGGACAGUGCGAAAAUGACUUUGAUGCUAGUGUAUCAACAUCAUAUGCAAAAAAUAGGCCCUCUAGCCUUCAGCCAAUCGUCUUGCCGCUCUACAGGUAACACUGAACGGAUGGAGCAAGAAAAAUUCACCACACAGAUGGUAAAUUUUAGUCGAUCGUACAGCAACAUGACUGAAGCAGUAUACACCCUUUGGCUCGGCAGCUUGUCCGUCAAAUCCCAAACCAUCACCCUAAGACCGGGAAUUCGUAAAUCAGAUACAGCAAAAACAGAGUAUCGAACAGAAAAAAAGACAAUCACUUUGAGAUCAGCAAGAUGGCUGUCUUCUCGCAUUAUCGAGCUGGAGGCUACCCGACAAGCGAGUCAGUGGACUUUCAACCUACGACCAUGGCGAGUAGUCAGUCCUGACUCUAUCCUGUUUGACUUCUGCGGGGAGGGAGAUUUGCGCAAUGUGCAACGACUCUUUAGUAAAGGCUUGGCUUCGCCUUUUGAUGUGACCCCUGACGGUGAUACCGCGCUGCAUUUUGCGGCCUUAUCGGGAAACCCAGAUUUAGUUGCGUUUCUUCUGUACAAUGGAGCGGAUGCGAAUGUGGAAAAUACAUCAGGAGAGAACGCUCUUCAUUUCGCAAUGAUUAGUCCGCGAGAAGAAGAACAUCUAGAACUGGCCAGAUUGCUAGUAGAAAAAGGGCAAGUCGAUCCAAUGGGAUCAGCCCGAGACUCUGGCGUAAUACAUUCAUAUGCUGGUCCGGUGGACGCCUUCAGAUACCUCAUCCACCAAGAUGAGUUUUUCGUCGAUCUCGAAGAGCGAAACCAUGGUGGAAGGACGAUUUUGCAGCAUCAAUUCUUCCAUCGACUCUAUUACGGGGAUUCGUUCGAGCGGAUCCAAGUCCUUUUUAGUGCUGGUCACCAUCUUCCGGGAGAUCACAUUGACGGAGACCCGACCUACAGCGGCUAUUCCGCGCUCCACUGUGCUGCUCACGUUUGGGCUAAUGCGAAAUUGAAAGAACACGAGCACACUGAGCGGCAGAGUGAGUUGGUUCUCAGGAGUCUUUUGAGUAGAGGAGAGGAUAUACAUAGAGUAAGCGGCCGAGGUUACACCGCUUUAACGACUAUCGGCGAGAUGAUUCACUUUCGUAACAAGAGGUCUGAUCUUCAUCAAGAUGUCAUAGCUGCAUGGCUGAACAUGCUUUCGGAGGCGGGACACGAUGUCAAGGCCUAUUGCUUGAUGGAAAGUACCCUCGAGAAGAGGAGGAGACUGGAGUCUCCAAGAGAGGAUUUCCUUGUCAUCUUUGAAGAGAUGGAAGGAGUGGAGGGAGUUGAUGGCCUGCGGAUAUCUAUCUCAUCACUGGAACAGGUGAUUGAAGUGGACGAUGAUGAUGAAGAAACCGCCGAAAUUGAGGGCACAAGAGCAUCAUCAUCAUUGAUUCCCGGUUCUCGGGAAAGGCGUACAGGUGACAUAUUUCCAAUCCGUUCAGUCUCCUUGGAUCUGACAAAGAUCACAUUUGUCUUCCUGGUGUUCAUAUUGUUCCUCUUGCUGCUUCGUCACAACUAG